UGAUAUAAAUAAAAUUUUCCUUCUGGAAAAUAACUGCAAAUUAAAUGUUAUUUAUGUCGUAAAUAAUAGAUGCAUCUACCACUUGUGUCCACCACUUCAUCAGUUGACCGAAGAAGGUCGGGAAGGGAUAAAGCUAUAUAUGCUGAGGGUGACUUGAACAAUACUUGAGUUUGCCCAGAUCACUCAGAAAGAGUUCUAAGAUAAUAAUAUAACUUUUUAACAGAACAUAUGAUUUAUUGAUAUUUCUCUCUAUGGUGGUGUAAAAAAUUUUUGAUCUCAGUAAAAUUUAUUUUUGCUAAUAAAUAAAAUAUCAUAUUGGAAACUUUCGCUGCAGUGACCAAGAAUGCAACCAUUAUUUACAGUUUCUCUUCUCUACUUAUUUAUUGGAUUCGAUUGUACAGUUUCACUAAAAGAAGAAAUAGAGAAUGAUCGUUGCGAGAUGAUGAUGAAAAAGAUUGAUUCUGAUAACAAAGGAAUUAUAACAGACAAUACACCGUCUAGAUUGCAUUCAACGUGGAUAUCGCAUGAAUGUGAAAUACGAGCUGGUCCAAAAUAUGUCAUAAGGAAAUACAGUUUUUUUAAGAACGACUCGUUUCUUCUAUUACAAUAUCAUUAUGACGACGAAUCAUGCAGCGUCGCAACAUAUACCGUUGUAGCGCGUGGUUCUGUUAAAAUUUUAUCUCCAUCUAUUGUAAUUUCUGGUGCUGUGGAAACUAGCGUACAAUUGGACUCAGUUUAUUUGAUACCACUCAAUAGACAGGUCGCUCAUAAAUUUGGACGUAUAAUGAAUGCAAGCUGCGGUGGUAUCGAAACAAAGUGGCGUCCUUAUUUAGUACAGCUUAUCUAUGAACGAUCUACAAAUUCUUCUUCUUCAUCACCCAUGGAUUUAAAUAUGUACGAUUUGAAUUCCAAUUCUCUUCAAAGUCGUCUAUUGCGGCUAAGGAAGCGACACACAAUGGACUGUUUGAAAUCUUUUGAAAUUGAUUUCUCGGAAUUAAAGUUACUCCGAGUAGAAAUAAAACGAUCUAAUUCCGCUGCGAAGUCAUUAAGGAAUGAAAAUAAUGGUGAAGAUAAAAUGCGUAUAAGAGUUGAAUUAUGGCUUGGUGGACUUGCACGAAAUAUUCGUUUCCAGAAAAUACAACAGGCUCCAAAUCAUUUGCAAUCUACGUCUUUGUUACGUGCCGACAGGGCUGCUGAUUGCCCGAUUUGUGGAAAUGUGUACCGCGCUACCGAGUAUAGUCCACCUUUGUUUCAUCAAGCGCCUCCACUUCCAGCGGUUAUAGGCGGUGUUUGGUUGAGCAUCAGAUGCGAAAGUGUUGAUGGAGGAUUUUGGUCUAAGAGAUUUUUUCAAAUUUAUUCCGAUGACAGCAGAUGGUUCGCGCGUUGGACUUAUUACGUUGAUUCUACAUGUUCGAAUUCGUUGUAUUCAAUCAAUGCAGCUGGAAAUUACGUUCAACGUGUUGUUCGACAAAGACGAGACGUUGAAGAUUCGAAUACAAAGACAUCCAAUAUUGAAGACUUGGAAAAACUUAGGAAAAAUCUAGUAUUGAACAUACAUCGUCAUUUGUUCAAAGAUACUGAAGAAUUGAAUAGUUUAGAACUAAAACAAAGGCAGAAAAUGAAAAUUAAUCAAGAACAAGAAUCCAUUAUUGGUAAUUUUAAGGUCCAGAAAGAUAAGUUACCUUUUGGAACAAGUGAAUUAGAAUUAAAAAUUCUUGAAUAUUCAUUCAUUCCUGUUGAUAAGAUAAUACCAAUUAAUUGCAAAGGAACUACUAAGGAAAUUAAGCAUAUAAGAAACGAAGCAGGUUUAUGGACAAAAAAUUGCAUACUUGGAACCAACUUCAAAGCUCCAGCAAUUUUGAAGUUUAAAGCAAGAAUUGGUCUUGAUUGGAAAGGAGAUUAUACUCUGCUUUUAGCAUCAUGGGAAGAUGAUCUUUGGGAAGCUCCUCUUCAUCAAUGUUCCGAGAUAACUUCGCGAAACUAUUUUCGAGAAUCCUGGCCUUUGCUUUUUUUUCGAAGAGGCAAUCGGUAUGAUCGAUUCAGUCGAUAUAGGCGAGAUUGGUUUUCUUCUUCAUUUGCCACAAGUCUUACAAGUUCCUCGUUUAUGCAUUACAUCAUUCUAUUUUUAUAUUGGUUGCAUUUCUUUUCUUAUAUUGGUUAUUAAUGAUAAAAUUAAAAUCAUUCUCUUCCAAAGAUAAUCGUAAGCAUAUCAGGGUAUAUUUGUAUAUAUGCAGUAUAUACAUUAUAGAUGAAUAAUGAAACAAAAACAAUAUGUUACACUCCUUUAAACUUUUGAUAAAUUUCAGAUGACUUCUGAAAUUUCUGACAAAUGAUUAGACUUCAUUACUUAUUGUACAUCAUUAAACACAUAAUGUUAUACAAUUAUAUAACUACAUGUGCUAAAUUAUGAAAAGCAUUAUAAUGAACUAAAUAAAUGUAAUUAUAAAAAAAUAAUUUGU